GCAAAGGUGGUGAAGUUUGAUAUACAUAAUUCAAAAUUUUAGACGGAAUAUUUUAAAAGAAUUAAAACACAAAGAAGAUGAACUACUCAACUAGCGGCUUCAUCUUCUUCAUGAUGACGAUGAUCAUCUUAUUCCGGCCUUCAACGGCUAUUAUUGACGACGAAGAAGCAGAAAUUAAUAAUCCUUUGUAUGAGCUUUCAAGCAGAGAAGAGUUGGUAAGGCUGGCUGGCUAUGGAGAAGAGAAGCUAUCGACUGUUCUUGUCACAGGCUCACUUCAUUGCAAUUCAUUUCCUGUUUCAGGUGCUUCGGUGGCUAUCAGGUGCGGGAAGUGGAGCCAAGAAAGCUCUGCUGCAACAGAAGCAGAGACUGAUGUAUACGGAGAAUUUCAAAUUGAUGUUCCUUCACAUCUCCAUGCAAUUCCCAACUUAGGUACAGAAUGUUCACUUAUUGUUCUGAGAGUGCCCAAACAGUCGGCUUGCUUACCCACCAUCACCGAAACCAAAAUGCUGACAUUAUUAUUAGCCCGUGAUGGUGUCCGCAUAUACACCGCAGGAGAUGUAAGACUUUCUAAACAGAGCACAGUUUCAUAUAGAUGAAGACAGAUGACAACGGCUCAUUUGGAUGGCGCUUCAGUCACAGAUAUGAGUUUCAAUGAUUCGAUUACAGUUUACAGUUUAUCAGUAAUGGUGCAGCAUUCUUGUAAAUGAUCAUGAUAAUAACAAAAUGCUGCAAACACACACACACAUAUAUAUACAAGAGAGAUAUGUUUGAUUGAUUACAGAUUCUGCUACCAACAAACAAGCUAUUAUCUACAUUUCAUAGAAACGGAAAAUGCUGAAAUAGAUACGGAAAAGAAUGUAAUAUUUUUACAAUAGUAAGUUGUAAAUAUAAAGUUUCGGAGUUUCAUAA